AUGUCAUCGAGCGUGGCAUAUUCCGAAACGCGAGCCUUGCCCGAUCAUGGUCGCUCUCUGAACGGAUCUUAUCGACUCGGUGCCGACAGAGUCAACAUGGACGACGGGCGCCCGAAGAAUGACGAUAUAUUCCUGAAUAUCGCAAGGUCGGACUCUGGUCGACGCGACUCUCUGGGUCGCUCAGACUUUAGACGGUCGCGACUAGGAUACUCCGGCCAGGGUUUACGGUCGCCGAUAUCCCAUGUCGAUAAAGAAGAAACCCCUUCCCCCGAUCAGCGCUUCAGCAAUGUCGACAACCCCUUGCUGUCCCAGAAUGGCUCUCCUACCCUCCCGUACAGCUCUAACACACAUACCUCAUCUGCCUCUGCCCACCCCCUCGACGACCCGAACCGUUUUCGCUACUCCAGUCUGACUACCGGUGCGCGAUCAACAAUCGGCGCCCCUCGAAGCCGGCUCAGUCGCACAAGUCCCGAGACCUCUCCGCGAUCACCUCAAAUCAACAGAGAGAGACGCGCUUCUGUUCAGGAACCCCAGCCCCAAGCUCGUCUUCAUCGUCGGUCCACCCUAUCCACUGUUCGAAGCAGUCGCGAGCCCUCUGCCUCUGAGACGACAGAAAGAGUCCUGGCCGACGCCGAAAGAGCUCGAGUCGACGGGACCGAAUCAACACUGUCGACUACUGCACCUUCGACCGUAUGGGACGAGCUGGACGACUUAAAGUCCCGAAUUCGCAAGCUGGAGCUUACCGGGAAAUUACCGCCAUCAUCCCAAGCCGCCAUCUCGGGCGCAAACCAGGAAAGACCGCGGACGGCCGCCACUACGGCUAGUGCCAUAUCUACCUCGCCUAGACACUACCGCAAAGCGAGCACUCCGUCCGCGGACGCCGACAAUGCGGUUCAAAAUCCGGUUCAUCCUCUUCUACAAUCGGCAUUGGCCAAGGCCAAGUCUGUCUUGACCAGUGAAGUGUACAUGGCACUGGAAGCGACGAUCACCGAUGCUCUGAAUCUGUCGACCAUGUUGGGCGUCAGUACCGCACCGUCAGGCUCAGUGUCUGUUCUGAACGGGGGAUAUAGCUCCUCUGAAAGGCAUGCCCGACGCAAAGCGGAUAGUGUGUGCCGCGGCCUGACCGAACUCUGUCUGGCCUUGACGGAUGAGCAACUUAAGAGAAAUCGACCACAAUCUAGCCAUGCUGGAGGCGUCCAGCCUCCGCGGUCAAAUGGCGAGAACGGUUCUAUAACGCCCACACAUUCCUACCAGCGAGCUUCCAGUUACGAGCCCGAAGCAGUCGAGCGACCUGAGCGGCGCCAGAGUAUAAGCAGCCGUCUACCCAGUCGCCUCGAUGCGCGAAGGGCCUCCCUCGUCAGCCAUAGCCCAGGCACUCCAGCGACGGACACUAAGCCGACCCCGUCAUCACCUGGAGGCCCUCCAUCGAGCCGACUUCACCGUAUUUCGGCCUCUCUUCGCAGUCGUAGGCCACCGACUGAUGAGGAAAAUGGAGAGCCAGCGGUCCCGCUUAACCGUUCAUUUUCAAGAACCAUGACCGACAUUGGCACGCCGAGCCCUGGGCAGACCGUAUCUCCACAACAACGGUUCUCUCGAGCUCACUCGGGUCUCCGAAUCAAGAGCAGGGACUGGGCAUCUCCCCGCGCUCAGCACAUUUCCAACAACCGUCGACUCCAUCUCAGGCACCUUCAUCACUGCCUCGAACACCUUCCACUUUGUCCCAAACUGGGAUUCCACUCCGCCGCAGCUAUGCGACCCCCCUCUGUAUAUUCCCCUGCCACAUCUCGCUCCAACAUCCAGGCCGGAUCCCGCCGAUAUGGUCUCUCGCCUGCCACCCCGGCCUCGGGAGCCGAAGACAGCCCUCGACCUCCUCAGCUUGAACCAUCACAAACCCGCAUCAGCGUACCAUCUAGCAAGACAGUAACAAGCUAUACCCCCAUCCAACAACCACGCCUCCGUACCAACAGCCUGGGUGCUCGGAAAUUCGGCCUGAGACGCCGUUCCGCAGUCAUGACAGAUGACAACACCAAUAUGGACGAUAGCAUUGAUUAG